AUGUCAGCACCAAUCAAACGGCAGUGCUCAGUGAGUGGUCUAAGCUCAUUUUUCAGCAAAAAGAUUGCAUACCCGUACGUGCAGCUCUACAUCGGUGUGACUGGCGUCGGCACCGAGACAGUCACCGCUAGUAUGCUGUCAAACGCAUCGCUUAGAAGCAAGUUUGUCACAGCGCUUGUCGCUUUUGCCAAAACGUAUUCAAGUUGCGCCGGGCUGUACGUGAACAUGGUGAACCUAACCAGCGAGCAAUCUACCGACUAUGCCACCUUCAUGUCCACGCUGUACACGGCCGCUACCAAUGCAUCCCUACAGAUAGGUUCCGCUCUCCCAUGGAAUUCUACGUUUGCUGAUGUUUACUUCAACCCUACGCUACCGCAACUGGCGUUCAAUGUUCUCACCACUUACGAGGAAAUGUACGGCUCGUUGACGAAUCUAACGCGCCCGAUAAGCCCUUUAGCCAGCAUGGCUGCACCGUUUGAUGUGGAAGCACAGACUAUCUACUACAACCUGUUCCGCUGGAUCAUAAAAGGGUUCAGUCCGGGUAAAAUAGUCCUUGGCAUUCCCCUCUACAGUCUUAAGUUUAUCGGAGUUACGCUAGCGAAUGGUGCAGCGUUCGGUUUGCCUUGCAGUUCAGCUGUUCAGGAUACUUAUUGCAAUGCUUUGUCCUAUUCAGCGACCAACAAUUUGGUUACAAACUCGGUCGGAGAAAGUUUUGCCUAUGGCCAAUCUCUAUUCUAUACCUUCAACUCGUUUAGUGCCGUUGACGCCAAGUUGAACUUUGCCGUAAGCCUCGGCUUAGCGGGAUUUGCUUUUUAUUCUUUGAAUACGGCCGGCGGUAGUAAUGUAGAGUUGCUUCGGUAUGUGACAAGCGUGAUAGCACCUAUUGCGCCAGAUGGAUAUAGUUAUCCCCCAGCAACUGCUGCCGAAUGCGGUGUACCUGUGACUUUCCCAUCACCUGUUCGGUCGACUACUACUGUGGCUACAACAACAACAACGGCUGCUAGCGGAACAAGCCAGACUAAUGUGUCUACUUCUACCGUAAGAGCAGCAACUACAUCAUCAGGAGGAAGCGGAACUACCGCCGCCGGUGGUGGAAGUACUACCAACGCAGCAGGUGGAAGUACUACUGCAGCCGGAGGAGGAAGUACUACCGUAGCUGGAGGAGGUACUAAUGGAGGUGGUACUACUGCAACCGCAGAAGGAAGUACUACCACCUCAGCCGCAAGUAGUACUACUGCAGCCGGAGGAGCAAGUACUACUGCAGCUGGAGCAGCUACUACAACUGCCGGAGGAGUUACUACUGCCACAGCUGGAGAAAGUACUACCGCAGCAGUAGGAGGUACUACCGCCGCAGGUGGAGGAAGUACUACUGCUGCAGGCGGUACUACAGCAGCCGGAGGAGGAAGUACUACAGCAGCAGGAGGAGGAACUGGAGGAGGAAGUACUACUGCAGCUGGAGGAAGUACUACUGCAGCCGGUGGGGGCAGUACUACAGCAGCCGGAGGAGGAAGUACUACAGCAGCAGGUGGUGGAAGUACUACUGCAGCCGGAGGAGGAAGUACUACAGCAGCAGGAGGUGGAAGUACUACCGCAGCCGGUGGAGGAAGUACUACAGCAGCAGGAAUUGGAAGUACUACUGCAGCCGGAGGAGGAAGUACUACAGCAGCAGGAGGUGGAAGUACUACCGCAGCUGGAGGAGGAAGUACUACUGCAGCUGGAGGAAGUACUACUGCAGCCGGUGGGGCCAGUACUACCACAGCAGGAGGAGGGUCUUCAACAGCUGCAGGAGGUACUACCACAGCAAGUGGAGGAAGUACUACCGCAGCUGGUACUACCAGCGCAGGUGGAGGAAGUACUACUGCUGCAGGAGGAGGAAGCACUACCGCAGCUGGAGGAGGAAGUACUACUGCAGCUGGGGGAAGUACUACUGCAGCCGGUGGGGCCAGUACUACCACAGCAGGAGGAGGGUCUUCUACAGCUGCAGGAGGUACUACCACAGCAAGUGGAGGAAGUACUACCGCAGCUGGUACUACCAGCGCAGGUGGUGGAAGUUCUACUGCAGCUGGAGCAAGUACUACAACAGCGGGAGGAGGUACUACCGCCACAGGUGGAGGAAGUACUACUGCUGCGGGAGGAGGAAGCACUACCGCAGCUGGAGGAGGAAGUACUACUGCAGCUGGGGGAAGUACUACUGCAGCCGGUGGGGCCAGUACUACCACAGCAGGAGGAGGGUCUUCUACAGCUGCAGGAGGUACUACCACAGCAAGUGGAGGAAGUACUACCGCAGCUGGUACUACCAGCGCAGGUGGAGGAAGUACUACUGCAGCAGGAGGUGGAAGUACUACUGCAGCUGGAGGAAGUACUACUGCAGCCGGUGGGGGCAGUACUACCACGGCAGGAGGAGGGUCUUCAACAACUUUAGGAGGUACUACCUCAGCAGGUGGAGGAAGUACUACUGCUGCAGGAGGAGGAAGCACUACCGCAGCUGGGGGAAGUACUACUGCAGCCGGUGGGGCCAGUACUACCACAGCAGGAGGAGGGUCUUCUACAGCUGCAGGAGGUACUACCACAGCAAGUGGAGGAAGUACUACCGCAGCUGGUACUACCAGCGCAGGUGGAGGAAGUACUACUGCAGCAGGAGGUGGAAGUACUACUGCAGCUGGAGGUACUACUACUGCAGCCGGUGGGGGCAGUACUACCACAGCAGGAGGUACUACCACCGCAGGUGGAGGAAGUACUACCGCAGCUGGUACUACCAGCGCAGGUGGAGGAAGUACAACCGGUGCAGGCGGAGGAGGAACCAGUGCUUCUGGUGGAUCUACAACUACCUCUGUGCAAACUACUACUCCACAAUCCAUUAAUGCUUAUAUUUUAUCUGCUGGUAACUGUGGUGUUGUGCAAUAG